GGGUAGCGUAGCUUGACCGCAGUGGUUCACUGAUUGUGCUGCUGUUGGUAUGUCGGCUCUGAGGCUCUCGUCCGUCUUGCUGUUGCUGUUGCCGUCACUAUCUGGAGAGGAUGGUCUCUUUGCCUGCGGUGUUAUGCGCUGUCAGUUUAAUGCCAGAGAUGCCCGUGACGUCGUGUACCUCGAGCAGCUCUACUUCAACGGGAUUUUUCAACUACAAUACAACAGCACGCUGGGGAAUUUCACUGGCAACACGGAGAAAGGGAAACAACUGGCAAAGACCUUCAACAUAAAUCCAGCGCUGAUAGCAGAAAAGAAGCGGAGCAUCCACAUGUUUUGCAUUGACUACAUCCCAGCCCUCUACCAUAACAUACUGGACAAGACAGCUGAGCCCGACGUCAAGCUGAGGUCAGCCGAGCCAUUCAGGCGCCAAUAUCCUGCUAUGUUGGUCUGCAGUGCAUACAAUUUCUAUCCCAAACAAAUCAUUGUGACAUGGCUGAAGAAUGGAAAGGAGGUGACAUCCGGUGUGACCACUCCCCAGGAACUGCCCAAUGGAAACUGGUUUUACCAGAUUCACUCUCAUCUGGAGUAUACGCCCUCACAUGGAGAGAAAAUCACCUGCAUGGUGGAGCAUGCCAGCCUCAGCAGACCCAAGCUUUACGAUUGGGAUCCUAUGCCUGAGUCGGAGAGGAACAAGAUAGCGAUUGGGACAGCAGCACUGGUACCCGGGCUGAUCUCUGUAACUGUUGGGCUGAUUUGCUACAUCAGAAGGUCGAGAGCUGGACGGGAGCCAGUACCAAGAAGUUAAGGUCCUUCCAGUGGUGGCUGGCCAGUAGAGGGCGCUGGGGGCGCCGCCCCCUUCAACCGUCAAGAGAUGAAAAUCUACUUAAACAUGUUAAAUAUAAUUCAGUUGUAUAAUGCAAAUAACGAUGAAAUAAUAGUGUUUUCAGUCUGUGAGCGCCUGUCAGCAGCAUUAAAUAUGGGUUCAAAUGGUAUUUGAUUGAUUUCUGUCUGAAUACAUAUACUUCCUGGGUGAGGGGCGCCGGCUAAACCAUACCUUAUGUACAGUGCAUCCGGAAAGUAUUCACACCCCUUCACUUUCCCCGCAUUUUGUUAUGUUACAGCCUUAUUCCAAAAUGGAUUAAAUUCCUUUUUUUCUCAUCAAUCUACACACAAUACCCCAUAACGACAAAGCGAAAAAGGUUUUUUAG